UUUGCAUGUUUGUUUUUUUUUUUAAAAAUCAAAAUUCAUCAUAAUUGCAAGGUACUUACUGCAUUUGCAUUCAAAGAAAAUUUGUGCACAAAAUUCAGAACACAACAGUUGCUUGUUGUGAUCAGUGCAGCUUGCUGCAUUCAGUUCAUCAUUGCAUAUUUGCAUAUUGCAUAGCCUUGUGUGUUUGCUGUAUUCUUCUAAAAGGAUUGGUACACAGAACACCCCACAUUUGCUUGUUGCUGUGCAUAAGAAUAAGUUUACUGCAUUCAUUUGAUUUGAGAAUUGUGUGUUGCAUCCAUAUAAUCAUCAUGAAUAACGAGGAAAAAUUUGAUGCAUUGUUCAACAUGGUAUCCCAAUUAAAAUUAGCUGUCACAGAGAUACAAAAUAAUAUCUCACAACAACCAUUACACCCAUAUCAACACCUAGACAGUGAGCAUGGGAGGGAAGAUAAGACCGUACGCAUUGAUGUACACGAAUUUGAUGGCACUACACAUGAUCCAGAGGUAUAUAUUGAAUGGGAAAAGGGAGUAGAACGAUAUUUUGAGUUUAAGGAUACACACCCAGAACAUCAAUAUAAGAUAGCAAAAGUGAAGUUAGUUAAGCUUGCUGCAACCUGGCUUGAAGGUUUGCAAAGGCAACGAGCACGUAAGGAUAAGCCUAAGAUUCACUCAUGGGAAAAACUUAGGAAACACCUUAGGAGAAAAUACAUUCCCACCAAUUACAAGCAUCUUCUUUACGCAAAAUGGAUCAACUUAAAACAAGGGGUUGGAUCUGUAGCUGAAUAUAUUCGAGAAGGGGAGAGAUUGACUGUCCUAUGUGAAAAAAAUGAACCAGAAGAGAGGAAGAUUGCAAGGUUCCUACGUGGGCUGAGGGAAGACCUAAGGGAGAAGAUUGAGGUGAUGCAGAACUUGACCUAUGAAGGGGCUUGUACUAGUGCAUUAAUAUUAGAGAAGUCAGCAAGAAGAAAGGCUGCACCACCUACACACACCCUUAACAGAAGCAAGGAAACCAGUACCUAUAAGCAACCUACACAGCAGUUCUCUGAAUAUAAAGGAACACAGCAACAUAGACCUUCUGCUAGCCAUAGUAAACAGCAACCUUAUCAGCAUGUACACACAUUGAACAAAACACUAGAGACCAGCAGCUAUAAGCUGAUUACACAAAACCCCACUGAUGGCAAUAGGACUACUGCACAGAACACCUUUGACCUUAGACAAACUGCACAACACUCCUCUAAAAUUAGGGAAACACAGCAGCAUGCACCCAUUGUUAAGACUAUACAUGUUGAUAAUGUUGAAAUAAACAACCCGCCCUUGCAAGCUUCAUCUACAUGCACAACCCUACAUGUUGAUAAUGUUGAGAUGAAUGGAUUUUACUUCAUAAAAGAUGAGAUUACACAACUCUCUAACAGUAGGAGUGCACAACCCUACCUUGCAUCAAUUAAUCCUUACACAGCGAGACAACUCACAGCAAAAGAACAGGACAUGAACCCUAAGGAUGUCAUACCUCCUACAAAGGCUAAGCAAACACCUACGCAAUUAUUAGGAAGGAAGGAGUGUGAUGCUAAGGAUGAUAGUGUUAGACACAUAACCAAGACAACAUUCUAUGCGACCAUUAAACUACAUAGAAUACUUCAAAGCAUUAGUAGUUAUAAGGAUUCUAAGUUUCUUCACACCCUUUUGAGUGAUUUCUGCAUUAUAUUGCCCACAAAACAAAAAUUCAGUAUUGCAUGGUACCCUCACAUGGAUGAUCAAAGGAACGUGACCACUAUGACCUUGGUGCAUAUCUUAAAGACCUUAGUUGAAAAAAAUAACACAGAUUGGAGUGAAAAUUUAGCCCACACUGCAAUUGCAUAUAGUAGAUGCCUUAGUCUAAUCUUUAAGUGUUUUCAAUGUACAUGCAUGAAUAGCUUAAAUUCUAUGACUUCUACUACCUUAGUUCAUUUAUCCUUGCAGGACAACGGUGCAUGGAACACAAGGAAGCAAUUAGACACAGCUCAGAUUCAGACAGCAGCGGAUGCACACACUGUUGAUGCAGCCAGCAGCCAUGAUGUUUCACCCUACCACACGAACAUAGAAUUGAGGACAAUUCUUUUUCAAGAAGGGGGGAUUGAGCCAAAUCAAGAACCAGGCUCAGAGGGCACCAACGAAGGCCAAGGACACCCAAGAAACACAAGCAACUUCAUGGGCAACACACUUGAAGUAUUCGAAUCAACACUUACAAUCAGGGAUUCAACUUCAACAUCAAAUAAGGACUUCCAAUUCAAAGGAAGUGAGAAAAUAAGCAAAGGAAAUCAAAGGCAACAAAGUACAUCAACAGCAAGCCAAGGAGGCACAGCACAUGCCACUGAUCAGAACAAAUCAGACAAUCAGCAGCUAUUCCAUGAACCCGCUGACCAGGCCACCUUGAUGGACGUCCACAGAUGUAAGCUGAACCGGUGUGAUGACUUGGAGGGUAUAAUUGGAAUCUCCACACUAGGACCUAGCCAUCAUGGUCCAAGGGUCCCACGCAUGAUCAUGGAAAGCAUAUGGAAAAGUAAGGCCAAGGUCGCCCAGUCAACAGGGACAGCAAACCAAAACAUGCAGCAGCUUCUGACCAUUGAGCAGGCCACCUUGGAAAGCUCACCCAGGCGUGACCCGAACCCAUUGGAUGACGUGGAGCAUAGGGUUGGAAUCUCUGCACAAGGACCUAGCCACCAUGACCCAAGAGCCCUCUUAAAAGUCAUCGGAAAGACAUUGAAAUCAGAGUACAAGGUCGCUUAGUCAGCAGCUUGCAUUACUUGGUUUCUGGUUGUUUGUUUGAUUUAAUUUUGUGUUUAGCCACGUGUAAUUAGCCGUUAAUAACCGUUAGGCACUCAUGUAAUUAGCCUACCUUUCAUUCCUAGCAUUAUAUAUAGUAGUGAUCAUCAUUGUAAUGGACGUUAUUGUUGCUUAAUGAAAAGUAGGCUAAUUACAUGAGU